ACACGGUAAAAUGUUAUGAUCGAAUUCUCUCGGCUCUACCUUGACUAAAGCGAUUACACAACCGGUAAUAGGGGAUCUUUAGUCACUCGGCAGGCCCGCCGACUGGCUGCAGAUAAACUUGCUGCACACGUCGUCGGUAGAUAUGUGUCCAAUUUAGAUUUCGUUGCAAGUAGAAUUCUGUUUGAUUUGUAAGAUAAUCGUCGCAGAUAAGCCGCCGAAGUGAUUGAUAAUACGGCGCUAUCUUGGUGAUGAUGAGACCUAUCGGAUCAGAUUGAUACGAGACUUCGAAAUCGUAGCGGGCGUUUCCACGGUACCUUCCUUCUUUUGUCUUGAUUUUCUUGGUGGAAAAAGUGCGGAGUAUGUAUGUGCGUUUGAUCCUGCUGUAGCCGAACUAUGUCAUUGGAGAAGAAGCCGGACAGAAGCACUUGGAACUCAGGAGAUAAGUACGAUAUCGGCAUCAGGAUGUUGAGGGAGCAACGCGAGGCCAGCUUGAAAUCCGGUAAAUACUCGGAACGCCAUUCUAAACUCACCUUCGACCGAGAAGUCAGCAAGGAUUCCCCUCUGGUCGAGAGCUGUAAGGCCAUCAGGAGCCAGUCUCUGCGCGACAGAACCAAGUCGGAUCGUCUGUUCCAAAACAGCUCGAACAGUAACGCUACGAACGAUCUGAACAAAGGCGAGAACGUCCUUGUGCGUUAUAAGCCGAUUGAUAGCGAUAACGUCAAGAUCCAGCAACCUUUGAAUGUAUACAAAUCGCCAGUGUCGUCGCCCAAGAGCGAGAUGAAGCUGAGGAAGGACAAGAACGUCUAUCACAUCGAGCAGAACAACGUCAAGGCGCUUCCAAAACCCCCAACCAUAGCGCUGAACCUCAUCUUGAACCCUAAGAAGGAAAGCGACGCUGACAGCACCUUGAACCAUCUGAACCAGAUCGAGAGCCUGAUCACCAAGAUCGAUAACAGGGAGAAACAGGAGGAAAAACUUAAGAAAUUCGAUGAGAUACUGCGCAAUUUGAAGAUCGACAUCCCCAUAGCCUCUAUAUCGGACCGACGUUCGGAAAAAUCUCACGAUUUUCUGGAUCCCGAGCAGACGCUGCUGAAUCCCAUCAAGCAUUGUGCAGAAGUGGACGACCUUCAGGCGAACGGUUUGAGCGACUUGGAAACUUCGGAAAAGCCAUUCGAUAGGCACGCCAUCGAGCGGAAAAGCAUGGAAGUGGGUAGCAGGAGCAACACGAGAAAGAUCAGCGCGGUCGUCAGAGCCGCCUCUGAUGCGCAGGGGCGUGCCCAUCCUGUGUCGGUGGGACCUCCUAGGAGGAAACUAGAUUUGAAGGGAAGCGAUGGAUCAAGCGAACAAACACGAAGCAGCUCGGCCUCGACGAGGAACAGGCCCAGGGUGGGAGAGGAACCGACAAUCGGCAAAUACAAGUUACUUAAAACAAUAGGCAAAGGUAACUUUGCCAAAGUGAAACUGGCGAAACACGUUCCUACUGGCAAGGAGGUGGCCAUCAAAAUCAUAGAUAAGACACAACUUAACCCAGGCUCUUUGUUGAAAUUAUUUAGAGAAGUAAGAAUAAUGAAAAUGUUAGAUCAUCCAAACAUAGUGAAAUUAUUCCAAGUCAUUGAAACAGAAAAAACGUUGUACCUGGUAAUGGAAUACGCAUCUGGAGGAGAAGUGUUUGACUACCUCGUCUUACAUGGCAGGAUGAAAGAAAAAGAGGCCCGUGCCAAAUUCAGGCAAAUUGUUUCAGCAGUUCAAUAUUGUCAUCAAAAACGAAUAAUUCAUAGAGACUUGAAGGCUGAAAACUUACUUUUGGAUAGUGAAAUGAAUAUAAAAAUAGCAGAUUUCGGAUUUUCGAACGAAUUUACACCUGGCAAUAAGUUGGACACAUUUUGCGGCAGUCCACCUUAUGCAGCACCAGAACUUUUCCAGGGUAAAAAAUAUGACGGUCCUGAGGUAGACGUCUGGUCUUUGGGUGUAAUUUUAUACACUUUGGUAUCAGGGAGUCUUCCAUUUGAUGGCUCAACUCUUCGGGAGCUGAGAGAAAGAGUUCUUCGAGGCAAAUAUAGGAUCCCGUUCUAUAUGAGCACUGAUUGUGAGAACCUCUUAAAGAAGUUCUUAGUCUUAAAUCCGGCAAAGAGAGCCAGCCUAGAAACCAUUAUGAAAGACAAAUGGAUGAAUCAGGGGUACGUUGGGUAUGAAAAUGACGAAUUGAAACCAUAUGUUGAGCCAGAAGCGGAUAUGAAUGAUCCAAAGAGGAUUGAAGCUUUAGUAUCAUUAGGAUUUAAUAGAUAUGAUGUAGAAAAUUCCUUAGAUUCCCAGAAAUACGAUGAUGCCUAUGCAACUUAUUUACUCUUGGGCAGGAAGUGUAUAGAUCCUGAAAGUGAUGGAAGUAGGAGUGGAAGCAGUUUGUCACUUAGGCAUACACCAGGACAACAGCCUGGUAGUACCCCACAACCAACAGCACAAAGUCCUUCGCAUCGUGGUGUCCAUCGUUCUAUAUCGGCAACACACGCAAAGCCUAAUAGAAGGGCCUCUAGUGGCGGAGACAACUUGAGGAUAGCCCUUCAACCCCAAGUACCCAGUGCCCAAACCAAUAACCAUCAACCUUCCGGUUUCAAAAGACAAAAUACUGUGGAUAGUGCUACUAUUAAAGAAAAUAGUGCUAGAAUUAAUGCUAGACCUGCCAGUGCUCAACCUAAGACAAAUACAGAAAAUAGUAUUACUGCUCCAGCUAAAGGAAGAACCGUAUCUAAAAAUACUGGAAUAUCUCUUGGAACAACAGUGGGGCGUCGUUCUACUAUUAGCUACGAUAACAAAUCAGAAAGCAUUGAAAAAACAAAUUUAGCCACUGAAACACCAAGCACCGGGGAGAAUGUUGGUUCAGGAGAUACUUUAAGGCCAGGAAAAGGCCAUGUGAAAUCGGCUUCAGUUAGUAGUAGUGGCCCUGAAGCUACUACUGAUACCUUACGCUCUAGUCGCACAAGUGCUUCUCCGGCUACUACAAGACAACAGGCUUUUCCUCGAAACACUUCAUCUAGGAGUACUUUCCACUCGGGACAAACAAGACCCAGACCUUCUUACACUCAGGGAUCGCCAGGAGAUAGUCCUCAUUCUAGGACAUCUUUUUUUUCUAAGUUCACUCUCAAAAAUUUUACUCGAAGAGCCUUAGAACCAGGUCAACAAGCUAAACACGGAGUUUCACCUUUGCCUAACACAGUCACAGUAAGAAGAAAACUACACAACCUAAGGUUGAGAGGAGACACCAUUCCAGAGGAUAUUCGUGAACAUGACUAAUUUGAAUUUAAAAUUAGAAGAUUAUUUACUAGGAAGAUUACAAGAACGAAUAUUUUUCAAAUUUUCAUCAAGAAACACAUGCUUCUAAUGAUAAUUUCUCCAAAGAUUUUAGAAGAAUUAACCUACUUUUUAUUUCGAGUAAUUUAAGGAAAACAAUUAUCCUUGCUGAAGCUAUAUGAAGUUAUUGGAUUUAAUUAUUUGUAUUCAGUUAUGGUUGUUACAUUUUCCAUUAAUUUGUGGAAAUCAAAACACUUGGAUAAUAUUGUUUGUGAAUAUUCAAAACGGAUCAGUCAUUAUCAGUAUAAUUCAAAACCAUUUAAUUAUAAUAUUUCAUCCAUAAUUAUCAAGUUUUAGUUGAUAAUCUAAUUAAAGAUACCAAAAGGAUGUGUACUUCUUCGGGUAUCCUAAAAAAUAUCAAAAUAAUUCUUCUUUGAAGCCUUUAUUAUUUAUCAAGUGCUGUGAUUUUUGUUGUAAUUUGUUUACAUCAAUAUAAACUAUUCGAAUAAAAUUAAUUAUUUAUCUUUUCAUGAGCCAGUUUUUUUUUUUUCAUUUUGGAUAUAUUACAUGAAACGUAACAAUUCUAAAUUAAUAUCGACAAUAAAAUGUUUUUGUUACUAAUCAAUUUCUGCUUUAACUGAUGUUGUGAUUUGUAUGCAAAGGAAUUUUACCAACGCUUUCCAGUAUACCUUCGGGAAGUGGCACUUGAUGAGGAAUGAAAACUAGGAGAUUAUUGCCAUGUAUUCCAUAAAGUUCUAGCUUCAAUUAAAAUAUUCUACGUAAAGUAUUCAUGUGAUCUAUUUCAAGUAUAUGUCAAGGAAUCAAUCUCACAUCAAAUGGACUAUUUAGUGCUGGAUUAAAACAGUUUGGAAGUUUUGGACCAACAACCUGAAUUUCCACAGGAUGAAAAAGAUGGGGAAAAUAUGUUAUAUGCAAAUAAAAUUCGGGUUCUUAAUAGCAAGUCAAUAAUUAUGAAAUUAUUUCAAUAGAAAUAUUGAGUUACAUCUUAUCUCUAUAUUAUUCAGACUGAACAAAGUGAUAAUUUU